AUGUCAGUUCAACCCAGUCGAGUUGAGGCAAGGUUCCAGCUGGCUGCAGUCAUGGUCGAGGAAGGUAAUUACUCGGAAGCACUUCGCACACUUGAAGAAGCUUUAAUGUUGGCUCCGUGCGAUCUGAACUGCCUUGCGCUUGCAUGCCGCUGUUUGGAAGGAUUGGGACGUCACGCGGAGGCGCUUGCUGCCGCCGAGCGCUUGUGCGGCUUGGACCCCGCCUCCACGUUCCUUGCCUUGAGGGAGGUCUUCCACUGCAGGCCAGAUGAUGUGUUUGUUGUCACCUUCCCGCGCUGUGGAACUACAUGGAUGGUUCAGAUCGUGGUGAGCUGUCUUUUCGGACCGCGUGCGAACUAUGAGGAUCAUGCUCUCUUCCUCGAGGGAAGCAUUGCAUCCUCUGCUAGCUAUGUCCGAAAACUCGAGGAACUGCCACACCCACGCGUUCUCAAGAGCCAUGUUCCCGCCGACAUGUAUCCAGGAUUGGCCCAUGGCAAGGACAGCAUCCUUCAAAGUUACGGGAAGGUGAUCUACGUGGUGCGCAAUCCGAAGGACGCAUUGAUCUCGCUCAGGCAUCACCAUGCCAACAACCAGGCCAUCGGCUGGGAUGGCAGCUGGGACGAAUGGGUAGACCAGUGGAUCAGCGGCCAAAGGUCACUGGAGUACGGUGGAUCCUACUUUGACCACGUGAAUGGAUGGUGGAAGCUGUCUCAGCACCAUCCGGAUCGUAUCCGUGUUGUGUACUUUGAGGACCUGAAGGUCCCAAACCGCCGGACGUUGGACAUGACGUCUUUCUUUCAACGAGUCUGUGUGCAGGCCGACCUUUCGGCGGAGAUCGGGGCAGUGGCAUCUUUCCUCGGCUUGUCCUUAGAAAAGGAGGCGCUUGCAGAGGCAGGAAGCAGUUCCGCCCACAUGUGA